GAGUCUGCUGAUUCUGAGGUCAGUGGGAGAAGAUGGGCAGCCAGCGCCAGUCAGGUCCUCUGACUGUCCUCCUUGCCCCUGUGGUCUGGCACUGCUGGUGCCAUGCAUGCACUUGUGAAGCUCUGAGCAAAGAUUAACUUGCUGAUCUUCACGAGUCCCCUGUGAGGUGUUAUUUCAGGCUCUAAACCAGUUGCCAGUGUCUUUUAUGAGGACGAGAGUGAAGGGGGGAGGAAAGAGAAUGAAGAUUUUAACUUGCAGUCACUAAAAUGUAGAGCAAAGUCCUCUGCCCUGGAGCCAUGCAGCUCUUCUCUCAGGGAAGGGGGAGCUGGCAUACACAGGGCUCCAGAUGAAAGCUCCCAAAUGGCAUCCACUCCAGGGGAUGCAGCUGAGCAUCCCGACACAGCCAGUCCCCUGGGAGGGUGCUUGCCCUGCAGGCAAACAAAGUGGGAUUCUUGUUGAACUGAUGAGAAGACAAGUCCCAAAACAAGUUCCCAUUCACCCUGUCAUGGAUUUGGAGAUUUGAAUUUGCAUCUUUGCUGGGGAAAAAUAGCACUUGAGUAUUCAGGGAAAACACUGAGUAUGAGGCACUGUGACUCAGGGCGUGAAACUUCCUCCUGUCCCUGAUGGCACCGGGAAACAGCCCCAGCCCUGUGGCCUGGGCUGAAGGGGGUUAAAAGCAGCCCCUCCACCUUGGGUAGUCAGGCUGUGCUCCCAGCUUAGCCCUUGCUGCCCUCCCAAAGAAUCACAUCCCCCAGCACUUCCCUGGGCUGUCCAACCACAGGGAAGGGGAGGCAGAGGAAGGUAGCUGGGAGGCAGGUUGGCACUGCCCAGCUAGCCAAGCAGCAGCAGCACUGCCUCCCCUGCUCCCAGGCUUCUUCCAGGCUCUCUCUUUAUCCAGCUCAAAAUCCAGCCUUAACUUGUUCUGGACGUGGGUGAGAAGUGAGGCAGAGGGCUCCAAGGCAAACAUAAAUGACCCUCUCUGCCCUGCACACCCCAGCCCACCUUCUUUUUACCUCCUGGGGGGGUGGCUGCCUGCUUGGAGCAAUGAGUCACGGUUUAGGUAACAGGCACAAUGCAAUUAGCAGCCCUGGGCACCAAUUACCUGCUGUAACAGCCUUGUGCAAACCCCUGUAAAGAGGCAGUGAGAGCAAGAUUUCUCCCUCCAGGGAGGGGAUGGUUGAGGUGGCGUAUGUGUCACCCUGGGCAGUCACCAGCCUCGUCCACAGUGGCUCCCUGCCCCAGCAGAGGUUCCUGGCACCAUGCUCUGUAUGAGGGAGCUUUGAAUUGUAUUUGUAAUGUCUUCUGGGGCCAUCACUAAGGAGCUGUGCCUGUGCUUCACCUGUGCCUCCCAAAUGAUCUCCUAAGCCAGCUGGGAGGUGCAGCAGGAUGCCUUGGAGCUAUAGAAGCUUCCUUUACAGGUGCCCGAGGCUGCUGGUAUGUGGCUGGAGCACUCAGGAAGGUUAAUUUCUAGUUCAGGAGCAUUAGCCAGCCGUGUGAGCAAUCCCAGUCACACCAUGUUCACAUCCCUGCAGUAAUGUAAGGCCUGAAGGUGAGUGACUCCCUCCAUGCCCCAAAUCAGUGUAAGAAAGCAUCAGUAUUCAAAGGGAUCUAAAAAUAAAACCUGCAGGGACUCUCCAAAGGGAUAUGGGAGAUGCUCUGGAGAUGUUCUUGCUUCAGGGGAAGGCAGGAGUCUUUGAGACUUAGAGAAAUACAGGGGAGGAGGAAAGAGAAGUGGAUUCAGUGGUUUCUUACUUAAAAAAGUAAAAAGUUGUAGCCAGGGACAGGGGCAGAGUGAGAGUGUGUCUGAGAUGUGGAGAAACUAAGCACAUAGGUUUAGCCCUGCAUGGAGGUCUUCCUUGUGUGCCUGGGGAGUGUCUGUGGCUGGACACACGGUGGGAAUGUGGAACAGAGGGACCCUGGCAGGCUGUCCUGCCCCCUUUUCUAAGGCCCCAUGAUCUGACACGUGCUUGGGGCAGGGUGUCCUUUUCCACAUGGAGCCAUUCCACGCCCCCGCCAAUUCUCCUGGGCCCAAACUUAUUACUUUUUAUUUUUAUUUUUUUUUUGGUAUGCUGAGGUUGGAUGCCCACAGCUUGUAGCUCCCUGAGGAGGCGCUCUGAUUUCAGCAGCUUAUGUAGAGCACUGCCAUCCUGCUGUCCCCACGCCUGCUGCACAGGGAAGCUGAGAUGGGGCUAUGGGUAUCAUCCCCCCCAUCCUGGGCUGGUUGUCUCUCUGUAUUCCUCUGGCUGCUCUGCAACGUGGCCUACAGGUAGUGUGAAGGGGACUGCAUGGUCACCUGCCCCAUACCUAACCAGCAAAAGCAUGCAGCCAUCUGUGGUGCUGACCCCACAAUUUCCCUUCCAUCGUGGUCUUUGUCCUUGGGAGGGGCUCCCACAUGUUUUGAGGGUGUCUGAUACCCCUAUCCCUUGCUGGCAACCAGAGGGCUGGAAGUGAAGGUGGCUCAGUGGUGAGGGUGGGGGGUGAGGAAGGAGCUGGAGGUGCCACUUUGCUGCUGUGCCUGCAGAUCUCUGAGGUUUUCCAAAGAGAGAGAACAUCCCUUUUCCUUGCCCAGUGGAAGCUACAUCUUGGACAGCACGAAAGCCACAAGGGACAAGUUGCUGAGCUCAGCCCUGCUGCAGGAGGCGAGGACCUGGGUGGGAUAUAAAGUCAGCAGUGACACUGCACACCCCAGCCCCCCGUGCUCCCCCAGAAACGUUCAAGGCCAGGUUUGAUGAGGUUCUGAGCAGCCUGGUCUAGUGGAAGGUGUCCCUGCCCGUGGCAGUGGGCUUGGAACUGGAUUAUCUUCAAAGUUACUUCCAACGCAAGUCAUUCUGUGAUUCUACAACUGAAAGGGAGGCAGUAGGCCCUUCCUCAUGCUUGUGGUUGCUGGUGUAUCUCUUCCUGUGGGUGUCACCGGUUCUGCAGCCACCUGGGCAGCAGAAUGUCCUUGGACAUCCUGGUGGGGAUGUGAGAUGGGGCAGAGGGCAGGGGUUCCAGGGCUGGAGGCCGAGGAAAAGUGACCUUCCAGAGCAGAGUGGUGGUUUAGGAGCUGGGUGUCAGAAGUGGGGUUCACAGCCCAGCUUGAGACUCUGGGGUGUGGCGGUAGGAGGGACAGCAGGGAACAACACGAUCCUGCUUUGGGAAGCAAGCUGGGACGAAAAGGCAGGGGCAGCAAUUCAGACCUGUGUCCAUAGGAAAAGUUUGGGGCUGAGGGAAUUCCUGGGGAAAAAUCGUUCCCAGCAAGAACAACAGAGGACCCCGCACCUUAACUUCGCCAGAACCCACAUCAGUGUCACCAUCCCCUCCUCUCUCAAGAGCACCGGGACGAGCAGGGCUGCAGGGAUCGGUCUGAACUGUCACAGACAAGCGGGGAAAUCACUCAAGCAGCAGGUCUGUCCUCCUAUAUGUGCCCUUCGUCACCUUGGCGGUGUUCCGGAGCGGGGAUGCCGUGCGGAGACAAAGGCCCCGUCGGAGGCAGGGCUCCCCCGUUCCCCACGCUCCCUGCCCGGGCUGGCGCCCCGCCCUGUGCCCGGAGGCGGGACCGGGGCUGGCCGGGAGCGGCGGGGAGCAGGUGCCGAGGCUGAGCCCCGUGUCUGCCGCCCUCUCCCCAGCCGCUGGGCAGCUGAUGCCUGCGCUCCAGACUGCCCACCCAUGGCUCUGAUCUCCUCCGCCGCCCCCUCGACCCCCAGCCCGGGACACUCGGCCUCUCCGUCGGGAGCAGGGAUGCUGGCUUUCCUCCUGGCAGGCUGUGCCAGCCACGUGCCGUCUCCUCGGAGUACUUUCCAGUGUCCCUGCCUCGCUGGGUCACUGAGCCCUCCGUAGUCUGUGAAAAUCACAGCCCCCCUGCUUCAUCGGGAUCCUUCAGGUCUGCUGACUUUGGCUUCCUGGUCUUUGCCCACCCUGUUCCUUGACCACAUCCUGUCCAGACCUUGCUCUUGACUAACCCUGCCCUUUCGGAGGCUUCGGGAAGAGCAGACAGCGUCACUCGGAGGCACAGGCAGAGUUUGUCCUCGUUCCGUAGGAUACUGGCUGCGGUGGCAUCGAUUCGGGAGCCAUGGGCCGCUGGCUCGUCCAUGGUGUCUCCGGAGCCGCACUCUUCCUUGCCAGUGUGGCUCUCCUCUCUGUGUGGCACCGUGGGGCUCGGGAAGCAGCUCGGUACCCAGGGCUCUGGGAGGGGAUGUUGGAGAAGCCAGAGCAACAGAGAGAAGGGAGCCCAGAGGGAGCCGGUGGCAGGGGGCAGAAGGACCUCAAACUCCAUCCCCCGGAGGUAUACAGGACUGAGGGCAGCCUGACGCUUGGGGACAUUUUCAUAGCUGUGAAGACAACCAAGAGGUUUCACCAGAGCAGGAUGGAGCUGCUCCUGGACACGUGGAUAUCCCAGGUCAGCGAACAGACCUACAUCUUCACUGAUGAAGAAGACAGUGCCUUGAAAAGCAGAAUGGGUGGCCAUGUGAUCUUCACCAACUGCUCUGCCGAGCACAGCCACCUGGCCCUGUCCUGCAAGAUGGCUGCAGAGUUCGACGCCUUCCUGGCCAGCGGCCUGAGCUGGUUUUGCCACUUGGAUGAUGACAACUACCUGAACCCUCGGGCGCUCCUGAAGCUCUUGUCCUCCUACACGGAGACGUGGGAUGUUUACCUGGGCAAACCCAGCCUGAACCGACCCAUCUGGGCCUCUGAAACGCUGCCAAACAACCAGACGAAACCCGUGCACUUCUGGUUUGCCACGGGAGGGGCUGGGUUCUGCAUCAGCCGUGAGCUGGCAAGGAAGAUGGUGCCCUGGGCCAGUGGCAGGAACUUCCUGAGCACUUCUGAGCUCAUCCGCCUGCCGGAUGACUGCACCGUGGGUUACAUCAUCGAGUGCAAAGUCGGUGGGCAGCUGAUUCCCAAUACACUCUUCCACUCCCACCUGGAGAACCUGCAGCUCAUCCCCACCUCUCAGCUCGUGCAGCAGGUCACCCUCAGCUAUGGUGUGUUUGAGAACAAACUCAAUGUCAUUGAGCUCAGCGGCCCCUUCUCGCCCCAGGAGGAUCCCUCAAGGUUUCGAUCCCUCCACUGCCACCUCUACCCCAACACAUCCUGGUGCCUGCAGGCUGUUGGCUGGUGAUGCCUGAGCCCCAGCUACAGCAGAUCCAGGUGACACUCUGGAGGGAGUGGGAGACUGAAGAAGCUUGGUGCUCCCAAUUUCACCUUCGCUGUGGUGGUUUUGGGGCUUUCUUGUGCCUUGCUCAGUACCGGUGACACAGGACAAGAGACAAGGUCUGAUCCAAAGAUGGCUAAGAUGGGCUGGACACAUGAAUGAGCUUCUCAGCUGUGCUGGGCUGUGUGCAAGGGAUGGCAGCAGUGUGCCUUCUGAGCACAUCGAGGAUCAGACAGUGACUGCUGGCCACCUGGGUAGAGAUGAGGACUUGCUGCUGCUGCUCUGUGCCCUGGCUGGCAGUCUUGCUGGAUUGGAAGGGCCCUGUGUGUUUAUACCUGGUGUAUAUAUAUAUGUGUGUGUAUACCAGCUCCUGGUGGGUGGCAGCACGUCAUGGCUCCAGACUCUUUGAGCAGGGCCUCUUCCUCCAUAUCCAUGCUUUCCCUACUGCCCACACUUGCAGCCACAGACCUGCUGAGUCUCUGCAUAGUCAAAGUCUAUAGAAAUGGAAAAUGUGACCAUUUCUGUCUGAAUGAAUCCUGGAGGAGCAUAGUCCUUGCUCAACAGAGGGGAGAUGGGCAGGAAGUACGAAGAAUUAGGAAUUCCCAGCUCUGUUGGAACAAAAGGGAGGGCGUGGGGUAAGGGAGCCAGGAGGAAACUGAGUGAGAUGGGGAUGGUUCCCGCAUUGAAUGUUGAGGGUUCGAUCUUGUAUGGUGCUGCAUUAUUCCUCUCCUUUUACCUUCUUGAUGUGGGGUCAGGAUAAUCUCUUGCUCUAAUUACCAACCUGUCGUCUGAGAUUAGACUCCAGCUCCUAUCUGUGAGAAGAGACAUAAAGGAUUAGAACUGCCUGAAAGAGAGGAGAAAGGAAGAGAUGGAGAAGGAGCGCUUAGGAGCGGAUUAGAGGUUACAGCUUUAUAAUCUUUUCUGUCCCCAACCAAAAAAAUUGAGUCACGAAGGAAUGGAGACAGCAAGGCAAAGAGCUUUUUAUCUCUGUGGGUCUUUCCUCCAGAUGCUAAUUGCGGCUUUCUGCCUUCCUGCUCUCCCUGCUGAGCGCAACAGGGGGAAGGAGCGGACCCAAACAGGCUACAAGGUUUCUGGCAUGUCUGUGAAGGGUUCUUUUCUCAAUACAGUGCCCAGAGUGAAAGCUGGGCAAUGGUCCUUGCUGGGGAAUGAACUUUGGCAUCAUUUUGUCCUUGUACCCACAGUUAAGUGGCUGGGGGAGGGUUUUUCAGGAAAAGCUGGAAGGCAAAAGAGGCUGUUUUAAAUGGCAGGUGGUGCCACAAACAGGUAUUUUUCUUGAAAGAGCAUUUCAAAACAGACUGCUGGGAUCUGUGAGAGAUCCUGUAAUCUCCAGAUGAAAGGACAAAUGCCCUUUCUCUAAAGAGCUGCUCAGCUUUGAUGCUGCUGAUGUGACUAAGCCUGCUGCUGGUGGGCUGGAAGAGCCAAAGGGGACUGUCAGUGUGGCUUUGCUGUUUUGAAAACUGGCCACUUUGUCACCUCCUUCCACCCCCAAGCACCAGCAUCUCCUACACAGCGCACACAAAGUUUAAAGGAAAGGCGUCAGAAAGACCUUCCACCUCUGCAAAGGGGGAAUCUAGAAAGGAACAAGCACUUUAAUUUCUGGAAAAAAACAGAAGGCAGGAGCCUGUAGAGCUGUUUUUCAACCUGGUCAUUCUUACUGGCAUUUAGUCAGCUUGUGUAGCAGCACACAUCCUUGCUUUCUUCUGUUGCACAACAGGCCUUUGAAGUAGAAGCUCAUCCUGAGCAGGCACAGGAGCGAGCUGAUGCCAGUGACCAUUCCUUGAGUUGUGGAAAGCCCUUGGCUCACGUGGCUAUGCCAGCCAAGAAUCUACAUGGCACAAAACAGAGACACAGCUGUUGGAAGAGAGUUGCAGCACCAAAAAGUCCUGCCCCACAGUGGCUGGGCUUGAACGCAGCCAGAAGAUGAAAUACAGUUUUGUGAGAAAGAAUGAGUUUUCAAGAGAAACCUACACUACGUGGAUAUAUCAUUUUUCCCUAUUCAUCUUUUCAGCUGAUGUUAAUGGAGACUUUGAGCUAAAAAGCUGGUCCUGUCUGUAGAUGUCCUGGUGACAAUCAGAGCAAAAUGCAAUUCAUGUGAGGAAACUGGUACAGCAGCUUCACUUCCCUGGGGUAAAAGCAAAGCAGAGAAACUGAAAGCUUGCUUUGGAUCCUGGAUUCAGUUGGUCUGAAUUGACCUGGUGCAUUUUGCACAGCUGAAGAUCAGAUGUUUAAUGGGUUGAAUCCUUGAGUGGCUGUAUGGGGACCUGUUUAAGACUGGGUUUCAUUGCUGGAGCAGUUAAGUGCCACUUUUGUGGAAAAUGUCUUGUCUCAUAAGGAAACAGAACAGAUGAGAAGAUGUCUGGGGCAGGGCAGCUCUUGGGCCGUAGAGAAAUGAAUGACAGAAAAGUCCUGCUAUGCCUGUGACGACAGUACUCUGGAAAGAAAAUAGCUUCUGAGUCGACAAAAGAAACCAGGUUUUCUCUAAGAACAGAGAGACAGCUUAAUGGGACGUUCACCACAUGAAAUCUGAUCAACGCUAAAACAUGAGUUAAAAUUAGUUUCAGGAAUGGUUCCUGCCCCUGGGGCUUGCUGUCAGAUGUUGUGGUUUUACAAUCUCAUUUUCCUAGUUUAUUAAAAUGUUUAGCUGCUUGGGAAAAUGAGAAACAAUCUCAUGUGAAACUUUUCAGGGGCUGUCUUUUUUUAUUCUCUUUCUCUUGAUGUAACAAACAUUUUGGAAAGGUUCCGCUGGGUCUAUUAAAUUUGUAUUUUCUCUUUUU